AUGAGUUUACUAAGUUGGAAUUGCCGAGGGCUUGGGAACCCGAGGGUGGUUCAAUUCCUUAAGGAAAUUGUUUUCCAAAAGAGACCCACAAUUAUUUUUCUUUGUGAGACUAUUUGUAAAAGUGACAGAGUUAAUUAUGUUAAAAGAUUGUUGGGCUUUGAGGGUUGUUAUGUGGUGGAGGCCCGUGGUCAUAGUGGUGGGCUUGCUAUGUUAUGGAAGAAAGAAGAUGAAGGAAAGUUGCUAAGCUUUAGCAAUAACCAUAUUGAUUUGGAGGUGAAAAUGGAUGGUUUUCCUACAUUUCGAGCUACAGGUUUUUAUGGUGAGCCUCAAAGAAGCUUGCGAGGUAACUCGUGGAGAUUAAUCAGAGAUCUUUUAGGUGAGUCAACUCUUCCUUGGUGCUUGUUUGGUGAUUUAAAUAACACGCUAAACCAUGGUGAUAAAAGGGGAGGGAGACCAUAUCCGAACUGGCUCCUCACGGGCUUUCAAGAUGUGGUUACUGAGUGUCAUCUUAUUGACAUGGAUUUGAGGGGAUAUCCGUUCACUUGGGAGAAAGGGAAGGGUACUGAAAAUUGGGUUGAAGUUCGACUGGAUCGGGCUUUAAUUUCUCAAGAAUGGCAAGGGUUGUUUCCUUCGGCUUCACUACAUAAUUUGGAGGUCUCGGUUUCGGAUCAUUGUCCUAUUUGGAUUGAUCUUGCUGUAAGUAAACAUGUCCCAACUCAAAAGAAGUUCCGGUUCGAAAAUGCAUGGUCUCGAGAGCCUAUGUGUCGUAUGAUUGUUCAAACUAAUUGGGAUAUGGAGCCGCUUGAGUCUUUGGAUAAGAAAUUGAAUUCUUGCAGCACGGCUCUUGGUGCUUGGGGAAAAGAUAUCACGGGCAACUUCAAUUACAAGAUCAACCGGUGUAAUAAAAUUCUCAAGAGACUAAAGGGUAGAAGAGAUUCAGAGUCCAUUUCAACGUACAAAGAGACACAAGCUCAACUCUUUGAAGUCCUCUCUAAGAAGGAAGUUUAUUGGAGGCAAAGGUCGAAACAGUUGUGGCUACAAGCUGGAGAUCAAAACACCAAAUAUUUUCACUCAUGUGCAAGUAAUAGGAAGCGUACCAAUCAAAUUGUGUGCUUAAAGAAUGAUGAUGGCACUUGGGUCGAUUGGGAUAGUGGUCUUCGAGAUGUGAUGGCAAAGUACUACAUGGAGCUGUUUUCUACUUCAAAUCCGAAUUGGCAGCGUGUCAUUGAUUGUGUUCAUGGUAUUGUUUCGGAAGACCAGAACAGGGAUAUGUUACUUCCUGUGGAGGAGCAUGAAGUGAGGAAAGCCCUUUUUCAAAUGCAUCCAGAUAAAUCUCCAGGUCCGGAUGGUUUCAAUCCCGGGUUUUACCAGAAGCAUUGGGAUAUUGUGGGAAAGGAUGUCACAAGUAUGGUCCAACACUUCUUCAGUGUCGGUGAGUUUCCUGAUCACUUAAUCCAUACUAAUAUUGUUUUAAUCCCGAAAAAGACUCACCCUGAAAGCAUGAGUGAUUUGCGUCCUAUUGCUUUAUGUAAUGUUCUCUAUAAGAUUGCGUCAAAAGUUUUGGCAAAUAGAUUGAAGGGAUGUCUCCCAAGUGUUAUUUCUGAGACUCAGAGCGCUUUCUUACCAGGACGCCUUAUUACUGACAAUAUUUUGGUUUCGUAUGAGAUUAUGCAUUAUCUUAAGCGAAAGCAAAAAGGUAAGCAAGGUUUCAUGGCUUUGAAAUUGGACAUGAGCAAGGCGUAUGAUAGGAUUGAGUGGGGUUUUUUGGAAGCUAUGUUGAGAAAGUUGGGAUUUCAGGAACAUUGUAUUCAGCUUCUUUUGACUUGUGUCCGCUCAGUUUCUUAUAAGUUUGUUGCUGGGGGACAAGAGGUAGGGCCGAUUGUACCUACUAGAGGGCUGAGACAAGGUGAUCCUUUGUCACCUUAUCUCUUCAUCUUGUGUGCUGAAGGUUUCUCGGCAUUGUUGAAUGAUUAUGAGAGAAGAGGCAGAAUCCGAGGCUGUAGAGUUGCAAGGGGGGCUCCUUUGGUGUCUCAUAUGUUAUUUGCAGACGAUAGUUAUAUCUAUUGUCAAGCGACAGAGGAGGGUGCUAGAAAUGUGAUGGAACUCUUACAAUGUUUUCAAGAAGCCUCGGGUCAGCAAGUCAAUUAUCAGAAGUCCACUAUUUUCUUCAGUCCAAAUACAACCCCGAAUGUCAAGGAUACAAUUUGUUCUUUGAUGGGAAUCGCUGAAGCUGGGGAGAAUAGUUUUUAUUUGGGCCUUCCAAACACUUUGGGCCGCAACAAGACUUCAUUGCUUGGUUUCUUGAAGGAUAAAAUGAGAAAAAGAAUUCAAAGUUGGGAAGGAAAAUUUUUGUCUAAAGCUGGAAAAGAGUUACUAAUUAAAAGUGUGGCUCAAUCCUUACCAAGCUAUGCCAUGAAUGUUUUCCUUUUACCUGUGGAAACUUGUCAGGAAAUGGAGCAACUAAUGUGCAAAUUCUGGUGGCAAGCUUCAACAAGGAAUAAUAAAGGGAUACAUUGGAAGAGUUGGGAGAAGUUAACAGUUUAUAAGUCUAAGGGCGGAAUGGGCUUUAGGAACCUGCGAGAUUUUAACUUGAGCCUUUUAAGCAAACAAGGUUGGCGUUUGUUAAGUCAGCCUGAUUCCUUGGUGAGCCGCAUUUUCAAAGCCCGUUAUUACAGAAGUGGUAGCUUUCUAUCUGCUGAUUUGGGGUGUAAUCCGAGCUUUGUGUGGCGUAGCAUUAUGGAAGCUCAGGAGAUGGUUCGAAGUGGGGUCAGGUGUCGUAUUGGGGAUGGUUCAACUGUUAACAUUCUAUUGGACCCGUGGCUGCCUGACCAAGGCGAUCCGAGAGUCUCCUCCUCUCAUCCGGCGUUAGUAAAUCAAACUGUAAAUGUGUUAAUGACUACUGAAGAUGUUGCCUGGGAUGUCGACUUGGUUCGUGAUUUGUUUAAUGACAGGGACGCUAAUUUAAUCCUUAGUAUUCCCUUAUCUUUAAGUCGAAGAGCUGAUGAAUGGUUUUGGUGUUGGGAAAAAACUGGGCAUUUUUCAGUUAAAUCAACAUAUAAGCAGUUACAAUUGUCUAAGGAUGGGGUGUCUCAACAGAGUAAUUCUGCUAUUUGGAAGGGUAUUUGGAAGUUGCAUGUUCCUCCUAAAGUCAAAGAUCUAGUUUGGCGUGCGGCUUCGGAUUGUCUUCCUACCAAAACUCGGUUGCGGUCUAAACAUGUUCAAGUUGAUCAUAGCUGUCCAAGAUGUGUGCUUCAUGCUGAAACUCCUUACCACUGUUUGGUGGAGUGUCCGUUCGCUAAUAGUUGCUGGGAGCUUGCUGGUUUGAGGAAAACUACCCCAGCCGUGACCUCAUUUGCAGGUUGGUUGGAAGCCAUGUUCCUGCAGCUAGAUAAAGAUCAAUUAGCGGAUGUUGCAGUGUUGUGUUGGGCUGUUUGGAAGACCAGGAAUGAUCUGGUGUGGUCAGACACGGUAACGACAGCAGCUGCUGUUGUAUUUCUGGCCAAGAAUACUCUCUCCAACUGGUGCAAUGCUCAAGACCGAAUGCUGGUGCCUACAGCAGCUUAUCUCACAGGAAAAGAUGGGCAUUCGGCUUGGUCCAGGCCUGGUGCAAACACAAUUAAAGUCAAUAUUGAUGCUGCAAUUUUUGACAGCAAUGGCACUUAUAGCUUUGUUUGUGUGGCUAGAGAUGCAAAUGGUCACUUUGUUGAGGCUAUUACAAGGUGUCGGGCAGGGAUUGUAACUCCUGAAUUGGCGGAGGCAAUGGGGGUUCGGGAGGCCUUAAGUUGGAUAAAACAACGAGAUUGGCAAGAGGCGGUUGUUGAAACGGAUUGUUUAUCUGUGGUUCAAGCAAUUAGGAGUGAUCUUCCUUUAUUGUCAUAUUUUGGGAGUAUUGUUUCUGAUUGUAAAAUGUUUUUAGAACAAUUGAGGGGUGUUUCUGUUAUUUUUAUUAGACGGUCUGCAAAUAGAGUUGCUCAUGCGUUAGCUCGAGCUUCCUAUUUUGUCGCUGAUCGUACUCUUUUGAGCAAUGAGGUGUCUACCGAUUUGCUUCUUGUAAUCAUGAAUGAUUGCGUUUAA